AUAAUCGAAACUUAAUUGGCAAGAUUUUGGUAAACAUUCUUUUGAUGUCAAUAGAACUUUGUGGUGCUGCCCUUCUUACGUAUGUUUAACCUUGAUUGUACGUUUUGACGCAUUCAAUUGAAAUACAGACUCAAAUGGCUGAAGAAAAAGCAUCACUACAUAAUGGUUUGCUUGUAAUUUCUCCCACAAGCACACACUUCCAAAAUGUAUCAGAUGAGUUAUUAGGUGCAUCAACUCCAUUGCAAUCUUCAGCUCCAUCUACAGAUUCUACAGUGGUUCCUGCUGGCCCAGAAGUUGGUUUCAAGUUGCAAUUCAGUAUUAAAGAUUUGAUGACAAGGAGGAAGCAGAGGAUCUCAAGACUUCAUCGUGCCGAUCAUACAGCUGGAAGAUUGAAAUUGGAAGGGGGUUUCACAGCGGCCACAUUGGAGCUCUCACAAUCAGUAGAUGAGGGCGGAAAGGACAGGGCUUUAGCAGCUGCUACGAAUGAGUUGGAAAGACUGUUUAGGAAGGAAGACUUUGCCCAAAUGAAGGUCAUUGGACAGUUCAAUCUCGGAUUUAUCAUUGGCAAGUUAGAUCAGGACCUUUUUAUUGUGGAUCAGCAUGCUGCAGAUGAAAAAUACAAUUAUGAGCGGCUGUCACAAACAACCAUCUUGAACCAACAACCCUUACUUCGGCCAUUAGAGAUGGAGUUGUCUCCUGAAGAAGAGAUAGUUAUCUCCAUGCACCUGGAUACCAUCAGGAAAAAUGGAUUUUUGUUGGAAGAAGACAUGCAUGCUCCUCCUGGACAGCGCUUUAAAUUGAAAGCGGUUCCUUUCAGUAAAAACAUAACUUUUGGGGUUGCAGAUGUGAAGGAACUUAUUUCUAUGCUAUCUGAUAAUCAUGGAGAAUGCUCAAUAAUUGGUAGUUACAGAUCGGACACUUCUGACUCAGUUUGCCCUCCUAGAGUUCGAGCAAUGCUAGCAUCGCGUGCCUGCAGGUCGUCUGUUAUGAUUGGAGAUCCACUUGGAAGAAAUGAGAUGCAGAAGAUACUUGAACAUUUGGCUGUCCUCAAGUCUCCUUGGAAUUGUCCACACGGCAGACCAACAAUGCGACACUUGGUUGAUUUAAAAACUGUACAUAGAGGAAUAGAUGAUGACGAAAUAACCUCAUAAAGGCCUUCCUAUGAUUCUCUAUUGGGUAUAUAUUUUGUUAUGUUUGGUAUGCUAGAUUAUGUAGAAUUUGAACAAGAUUAAGAGGUGCUUGUAACAAACUUGUCAAACUUGUCAUUUCAAUAUACCUAACCCACCAUUUGUGUAUAUAAUUAUUGCUCGGUAUAUUUUUAAAGUCAACUUCUGUCA